AAACGGAUUCACAAAAAGGCAGCCUUUCACUUCGUGAAAUAAAAAAAAAAUCAACAAACACGUAAUAUAUUCAUCCUUUUUUUUAAGUGUACAUAUAAAAGCAAAUAUUAUGGUGCCGUAACCCGUGUGUAUAGCAUCUUUUCAGUUCUAGCGCAUAAAUGUUGAAUGAACUUGCUAAAACUACAUCAAUCUUCAGGAGGACAGUGUUUUAAAUGAGCUAAAAAAAACUCAUUUUUUUCUAUAUAUGUGUCUCAGUGACAGCUGAGACACAUGUUUUGCCCUGCUGCUAUUUUAAGAGUUCAAGACUUACCAUAGAGCACUCUAUCAGUAUUUCAAGGAUGUUUCCCCUCUUCUUCACUCCCGUCUCCCUUCAAAAUGCAAAAAACACAAGCCGUCAACUAAACAUUGUUUUUUAAGCUUUAAUUUUUCAAAUUUUGAAAAGGUUGUUCUAAAAAUAAAACCUUAAAUAUGUUUAUAGUUUGCAAAUAUAAACUAUAAUGGAGAACUUAAAAAAAUAAAUAAAUAAAACUUCAAAAGAGUUUUUAAAAAGAAAAAGACUCCGCCAGAAAACACACAUCAAACCUUUGUCAACCCAUUUUAACCUGCAAUAUUUUUGAAUGAGUUUAAUAAACAAAAACAAAACUUGGAAAAAUGUAAUAAUAAAAAAAUAUUAUUUUAUUUUUAUGUAUUUAUUUUUAACAACGAAUAGGUCCAUUCUUGUAGGGACGCAAGAUCUCUUUAGCUCCCAAGGAAGCAUGUCUUACAUUUAAAUAAAUAAAAUUGUUAAAUAUCCUAGAGAUUAUAAAGAUAUAAAUAAAGCAAAAUAUGAAACGUGAUUUUUUUUUCUUAUCAUUUUUAAACACACCAUGGGAUAGCACAUUAUUAUAUCACUGGAGAUGAAUUAAAAUAUAGCCACUUAAAAAAUUAUAAUGAAAAAUAAUAUUUCAGGUGUGCACAAAGAUUCAUAGAAGUAUACGAUAUUGAGAAUAGGAUAUCAAAAUUUCAAGAAAAUUGAAAAAAGUGGACGGACACAUUCACUGUUUGUCGACUCGCUCAUAGUUGAGUAACAGCGCCCCCCAAUGGAAUGAACUCUAACUAAACGCAACCUGGGGAAAUAAAGAAAAUACUAGUGUGUCCCCUGUCGGACACCGUAAAUACCCGGAAGUAGUCAAGAAGAAUGGACAGUUUGUUGUGUUUUUGAUUCAUAUCCGAUCUGUGUUUAAUUUUUUAUUAUUAUUUUUCUAUAUCUGGGGUUUGGAGAUGGAAGAUGAAUGGGAGGAGGAGGAGCAGCUUGUCGUUGUGGAGCUCUCUGGAGUAAUCAACAAUGAUCUUUUGAAAAAGAAUCUGGGCACCUGCAAAAUACUGAAUAUAGACAGUGAGAAGCCUGUGAUGCAAAUUGGACAGCAUGUGUUUGCUGGGGAGUAUGAAGAUGCUUUGGGGACAUGUGUCAUUUUUGAGGAAAUUCCACAGAAAGGAAAAUCAAGCAAAACUCCUGACCUUAAAUACAUGUGCCAUACUGCGAAGAAACUAACUAUGCAGCGGAUCUUCCUCUCAGAAAAGAAAGAGGGGGAAACGAGCACAGCAGGAAGUGAUGCUGGUGGUGAACAGAAAGACACAAUGUGUCAGUCUAAUCAAGAACAGGAUAAAAACCCCCAAGGACUGACAGAAGACAACAUGGACAUUGCUUAGAAAUGAAAGCUCUCAUAUACCGUGAAUUUUAUGAUUGAUAACAGCAUUGUUGGUAUUGUUUGCAUCACUCACCAGAAACUGACAAUCCACGCUGAGAUGAUUAUGUCCAUGUCAGCAUCAGGAAAAGCUGUCUUUGGUUCUGUUAUUUUAUUUAUUUUUUUGCUCUAGGUAGUAUUUUUUUUCCUAUAAUUUAAGUCAAUAUCUUCUUUUUGCUCAACCUCAUAAAAUUAUUAUUUCAUUCAUUAAACAAAACUUGGUAGAUUUA